AUGGACCAGAUGACAACAUUGUCAGAUGAGUCAGAUUUUGAGGACACAGAAGUAGCCUCCAUUCACUCCAAAGCUCACUUGGUGGACGGGCCGCGCAUACCUCUGGGUGAGUCUGACGAGUACACUUUUGUUGCGCACAAGUUCACUGGGACUUUGCACGUGCUUCAAGAUGAGGAAUCAGGCCGAUUGGCAUGUGGUCGCCUCAGAACCACAAAUAUGAAGCCGGUGGAGCCGGACGCAAUCGAUGCAGCCACCGCCCCAUUUUGUAUCCAGCGCAACGUCGUUGUGAAACAUAACCAGGCAUAG